CUGAGAUGAAAAACAAGGGCCAAAAUGGGGGAGGAGAACCGACUCUCCUCCUUUGCCGGCCCCAAAAGCAGAUAACCACGACACGCAGAAUCGACAUGCAGAACACAGGAAGCCACACAGCAGCAACACUGGCCAUCCUAGGAACAAGGACAAGGGCAACGACGGGGAAGGAGAGGAAAGCAGAAAGGAGCAAAAAAACAUACAACACCAGGGAUUCGCUGGUCGUCACCGACCCAACUACUAGUCUGGCCCUCGGCUGUUUAUCGAACGGAGAGCGAACGGGAUCCCGAGUUUUCAGCUAG